AACACUGUGAGCGACAUUAGCGGCACUCGCCUUCCUUCCUCUGUCUCUCUUCGUACACGUGAGAGCAGACACGUCGCCAGCAGUGUCACCAGCUGUAUUGAGAUCAGCCUCUCCGCCUUCACGUUCAGUAACGUGAGGUCUUGCAGCCGGACAGAACGACCAUGUCAAGAGACUACGACCACCUAUUCAAACUUGUGCUGAUUGGCGACUCGGGCGUUGGCAAGUCCUGCCUUCUGCUGCGCUUCGCCGAUGACGCAUUCACAGAGAGCUACAUCACUACUAUUGGAGUGGACUUUAGAUUUCGCACGGUGAAGAUCGACAACAAGACUGUGAAACUCCAAAUUUGGGAUACAGCUGGACAAGAGCGUUUCCGCACCAUCACAAGUGCGUAUUAUCGUGGUGCAGACGGUAUUAUCAUGGUGUACGACGUCACCAGUCAGGAAUCGUUCGAUCAUGUAAACGACUGGCUGAACGAAGUGAACCGAUACGCCAGCGAAGGCACGUGCAAGCUCCUAGUGGGCAACAAGAGCGAUAUCAGCGACAACAAGGUGGUAUCGUACGAGACGGCUAAGGCCUUCGCAGACAGUUUGUCGAUCCCGUUCCUCGAGACAAGCGCCAAAAACGCACAAAACGUUGAAGAGGCUUUCCUCACGAUGGCCUCGGAGCUGAUCACGAUUCGUGAGAUGGUUGGCGAAUCCAGCCGGCCUACGGGCACAAAGUUGACGGAGAACACCAAAAGCGGCGGCAAUAGCAACGGAUGCUCGUGCAAUUAGUUACGCGCGUAUGUAGCUACAAUAAGUUAGUGCACCUUUCACUCGUAGACGCAUUGUAUUGAUGCGCAUGCACAAUAGGCUCUCUGGCCGCAUCUUCAGUAAGUAAAACAAGCGCACCCAGAGUGUCGUUC